GGAGGAGAGAGACAUGUGGACGAUAUGAUAUGAUGAGCUGACACGGCCCUUUCCACCAACAUGCCACCUACAGUCGCACGAAACUCGCAGGUUCUGCUGCGCACCAUUCCCUUUCCCUCGCGACUAUCGCCACGGCAAAUCCGAUCCUUUUCCCGCACAUGCAAGCACCACCAACAGCAUCGUGAGUCCUCCUUCAGCUCCCGACUGCGUGAUGCUUGGAACAGCACGCCCGUCGUAUGGAAGCCGAUUCCCAUUGGCCUGGGCAUAGUCUUCCUCGGCGUCUUCCAGCUCUACCGAAACAAUGAUCGUGAGAGGAGGAGAAUAGACGAUGGCGAGAGGACAGAGGAUGACCCGGGAGACGUAGGCAAGCCAAAGCGUCGCGAGCGGAUACGGCCGUCAGGACCAUGGACGGUACAGAUUAUGAGCACAAUUCCGCUCAAGGCGGUGAGUCGAUGGUGGGGAUAUAUGAACAGCAUUGAUAUCCCAUACUAUCUGCGAGUGCCUGGUUUUAAGCUGUACGGCUGGAUAUUCGGUGUCAAUUUUGACGAGAUUGCCGAGCCAGACCUCCACAAAUACAGAAACCUGUCAGAGUUCUUUUAUCGUACUCUGAAGCCUGGAGUGCGACCGCUGGAUCCGCAUCCCAAUGCCUUGCUAUCUCCAGCAGAUGGUAAAGUUGUGCAGUUCGGAGUGAUCGAACACGGCGAGGUGGAGCAGGUGAAGGGUGUGACAUACAAAGUGGAUGCUUUGCUAGGGGAACAGCCCACGAGCGGCGGACGUGCCAGCAGCAAUACCACCGGCUCAAAAGGUUCACCUGAUGUCUCGUCCGACCGCCAAAAUCAUGGCGACGAGGAAGUCAUUCGCGAUGACGAGGAAUUUGCGCGCGUGAACGGCAUCUCAUAUACACUGCCUAAUCUGCUGUCCGGGGCUGCAGCAGGAAAGCAGGGCAGAAGUUGGUGGAAGAAGCCGAGAAUGAAGGAUGCUGCUGCCAAUGCAGAUGCUCAAGUCAGUGUUGGAGGCAGUAAAGAUUUUCCGGUAGCGCUGUCAGAUCAGUCCAUCAAGUCUUCUUCGUCUUCAGAGCAAGAGGUGGCCAAGGAUCUAGCCAGUGGUCCCACUGCACCUCGGCCAUGGUACUAUCCUGACAGACCGGAGACGCCCACAGCACUGUACUACUGCGUCGUUUACCUGGCACCUGGGGAUUACCAUCGCUUCCACUCGCCAGUCUCGUGGGUCGUGGAAAGCAGACGUCAUUUCGCAGGAGAACUGUACAGCGUCAGUCCGUACCUGGUGAAGUCUCUGCCAGGUCUUUUCACCUUGAACGAGCGCGUUGUCCUGCUGGGGCGAUGGAAGUAUGGCUUCUUUAGUUAUACUCCAGUCGGAGCCACAAACGUCGGAUCGAUCGUGGUGAACUUCGACAAGGAGCUGCGAACGAAUAGCUUGCUCACUGAUACAAUGGCGGAUAAGGCCGCGGAAGAGGCGAAGGAGCGGGGUGAGCCAUAUUCUGGUUAUGCGGAAGCUACGUACGAAAGUGCCAGUCCAGUUUUAGGGGGUCAUGCUCUCAGGAGAGGUGAAGAGAUGGGUGGCUUCCAGUUGGGCAGUACCAUUGUGAUGGUGUUUGAAGCACCCAAGGGGAGGAGGCCGACCCUCGAUGAGGGCUUCAUGGGUACAGAGGAGAAUAGGAAAGGAGGUUGGCAGUGGUGCAUUGAAAAGGGUAUGAAGGUCAAGAUGGGACAACGACUCGGCUGGGUCGAUAGCGAAGACCCUUCAUAAUGAAAGUAGGUACCUAGCUUCGCGAGGCGACAAGCCAACUAGUCCGAUUUUAAAGAGUCUACACGCCACGAUAUGCC